AAAUUUGAAACAGUUUCUCAUUCAAACAGAUUCUCCUAAGAGCUACCAUCUCAAGAAGUCGAAAUCAAUACAAAGAUUGACACAUUUUGGGGGUUACAAUGACAAUCAAGUUAUUUUUCGUGAUACUCUUGCUCUUCGGAGCCGUCCAUGUGAAAAGUGCCUUUGGUGAAUCUGGCCUCGAUCUCGAAGAGAUAAAUCCAGACCAAACAGCAGUUGGAAGCGCUGAGGAAGAGAGUGAAGACGGAGACGAAGACACAGAGCCGGUUUUGAUUGAUGAAAACCAACUAGAUACAGAUCUUGACCAGUAUGAAAACGAAACCAACGUCUUAGAAGCUGAGUCCGGUGAGGAAGUGGAAGAAACGUCAGAUGUUUUAGAAGAUAAAGGGAAAACGAGGUUCAGAAGGGGUUUUGUAUCCUACGAGUUGAUGAUUUUCCUGGGCACUGGCAGACAUCCCUCUGACUACAAAGAUUAUGGCUGUCAUUGUAGACGUAGACUUCGAAAAGGUCCUAGAGGUGGAAAACGUCGAUAUAGAAGAUUGCGCGUCAUGGGCAAAGUAGAUAAUUGUUGCCGCAUCCGCAAUAUCUGCCUCGGUAAACUUACGAAGUCUAAGUAUUGCCCGUUCAAAAAAAUUGGAGCACCAUUUGACAUACCUUACUUAGCAGGAUUGACCAAGAGUGGAGGAAAAAAAAUUUUCAAAUGCGCGUCUUUCAAAUACCGAAGUUAUGAUCGCUGUCGUAAAGAACUGUGCAAGUGUAAUACUGAAGCUGUCAAUUGCUUUGUGAGGAACAAAUAUCGUCAAAAGUACGCGGAGAUUAAACCCAAAAUGUGUCGUUCACGUGGCUAGCUUCGCUUUGGUAAGAAGAAGAUGCGGUCUUAAAUGAUUCCAGUUCCCAAAAGUAUUCACGACUGUGUAGAACAAAAUUCAAUAAAGGGUUAAAGUGUGGAA